AUGUCGUCUGAGUGGUCGCUGCCGUCGACGAAUGAUAAGCUUCCAGAUGAGCUGGAAGAUAGCCCGGAUUUCGUGAAGAAGCUUUUUAUUGAACUGGAUGCCCGAGUCCAUGUGCCGUCGAUCGAGCAAGCAGGCUCCCUUUGCUGUGGCGGUCGGCUGCAGAGGAAGCCGAAUCAGUGGCUUCGAGAAGCCUAUGAGGCUUCUAAGAUUGGGCGGGUGCCGCAUGAGAAACACAUCAAGAUGGUUGUGACAGCUUUAGCAUCGCGCUAUCAUCUUUGUGACAAGCGUGUGAACCUGGCCCGAUGGGUUCAAGCCGAGGACGGAUGCACGGAUAUGGACAACGCCGAAACCGUGCCUAUGGAUAUCGAGGCUUGGCACGGGGAUCAUAAUGCUGUUGCACGACUUGUGCUCGAUGGAGUUAGUUGGAUGCAGGUUAUGCCAACUCAGCCGCUUCAUGAGUUGGACUCGGAUGAAAUGGUUGGCAGUGGAAGUGAGGACCUAAAGUCCCCCUCCGAGGAUGAUCCGGAGCCCGAUGACGCCGAUAUGAGCAAUGAUGAUGCAAAUGAUGACGACAAUAGUGGUGAAGAUGAUGGCAGUAGCGAUGGGGAUGACGUCUUUAGGGCCAACUUUCGGGCCAUGAAGCCUUCAGCAGUCGCCAACCUGUUGCAAGCCAUCGAGUCGCAUGAGCUGUUCCCGUUCUACUGCGAGUAUCGCGAGCCCGACGGGAAGUUCAGUUUUGGGUCAGAGCCGGUGGAAGACAUAUUGAAAUGGAAUUCCUGGCUAGACAAGCACGGUGCUACCGUGCGGACACAGAUUGCAGCCAAGAGUGUUGCAGCAACAAGUGUCCAACCUGCACAGAUGGUGCCGGCCGAGGUUCCCUGCGAACCUGAGGAGACUGGCUCAGUAGAUGGUGAGCCCUUGAGCGACAGCGAUUCCGAGUCUUCGGGCAGCCUGCAGAAGCUGGUUGAUGCUGCAAGGGGAGUGGAGCUGAGCAGCUCGGAUGAUUCUGAUCGUGAGAAAGCGAAACCGUCAUUGAAACGAAGUUUGCACAUCGAUGCCUCGACCCUGAAGGCUGAUGAUGCGGAGCCGUCGAAGUUCACGAUCGAUGGAGUUGCGGCUCUUAGUAUGAAUCGUGUCCAGAAGACAGCUUUGGAAGCUGCCUCAAAGCCGGUUCUGACCCCGCAGCAGACGACCCAUGAGGAGCGGAAGGAGGGCUUGGCCGUGUACGAAUCCGGAUGGAUGAAGGAGACGAAGAUUCGGCCAUCGGGCAACAACAGCAAGAACAAGGGCCAAGUUUACUAUCUUUAUUGGGGCCCGGAUGGUUUCCAGGAGCCGAGCAAGGUCAAGGCUGAGAAGCGCGGGUAUCGCGAGGAUUCGGUGAUACGGUUUGUUCAAGGCGAUGCUGCUACGGAGCUUAAGAAUGCCGCCAAAGCAGGGAUGUACAAGGUAAAGAUCCAGGCCGCCAAGGCCAAGAAUGCCAAACCAAAGGGCAAGAAGCCCAAAGCUGACGAAUCGGACAACGAUUUGCCCAAGAGCGAUGUGCCAGAUGACGACAGCGAGCCGUGCCAGUUUUGGAUGAAGGUCCUAGUUUCGGGGCAUCAGGUUUUCGGACGCCCGAUCUGUGGCAUUCUCGUCGAGCGACCUGCCGGUGACGUUCUCAUGCCGAAAGCGCCGAAAGAGACAGGUUGCUUGGGACUGGGCCCUGGCUCCUCGAAGGGUGUCGCCAAGCCGUCCCGAGAGAGUGAUGAAAAGAAGAUAAAGAAGCUUGAGAAGCUAGGCUUCGCGACGGAAGCCGCAAUCGAAGCAUUGGCUGACAACAAAGGCGAUGUUCGUGAAGCAACUAUUGCUUUGCUAAAGAAGGAAACGAAGCAAAAGAAGGAUAAGUCUACGUCAACCAAUAAAGAGGAGAAGCCCACGGAGAAGAAAUGCAGCAAGAAGGACAAGAAGGAGAAGCCCGAAGCUUCGCCGGCCCCAGCCCCAGCCGCCGAGCCCAUCACCUCCCCGACCGACAAGAUUCAGCCACAUGAGAAGAACCAUGCAAAGAAGGACAAGAAGGAGCCGCCGGCCCCAGCCCCAGCUACCGAGCCCAUCACAUCCCCGACCGACAAGAUCCAGCCGACUGAGAAGAAGCGUGCAAAGAAAGACAAGAAGGAGCCGCCGGCCCCAGCACCAGCUGCCGAGCCCAUCACAUCCCCGACCGACAAGAUUCAGCCGACUGAGAAGAAGCGUGCAAAGAAAGACAAGAAGGAGCCGCCGGCCCCAGCACCAGCUGCCGAGCCCAUCACCUCCCCGACCGACAAGAAGAAGCGUGCAAAGAAGGACAACAAGGAUAAUACUAAAAAGCAAGACAACGUGGAAGCUCCUUCGCAGGAGAAACGCAAAGCUGCCGCCCCUGAGGAUCCAUCCGCGCCCAAGAAGCGUGCGACCACAUCCACCGAGACCCCGUCUCCUCAGCCGAAGGACAUCAGCCCCGAAAGCACGGAAAAGCUGCCCCAGGAUAAAGUUGUGAGAGACUUGAACCCUGAGAGCUUAGCCAAGUUCUUCGAUGCCGGCACAUAUCGGACGCCUGGGGAGAAACCCAACAAGCUUAGCCACAUGGAGCGAACCACGACUGUUUCCAGCAUCAAGCUCGACUCGCAGGAGGACUCUCAGGUUGAAAAGCCAGCAGCCCCAAGUCCAGACAACGACCCAGCAGCAGCCCACGCAGCGAGCCCGAAGCAUCACGCAACAACACCGAACAAUACGAGCCACCCGAAAGAUCCACAGGGAUCCGCAGCACCGGCAGCACCAGAGGCUAAGAACCCGGAGCAUCAGACGACACCGAACAACACGAGACACCCGAAAGAUCCGCAGGGAUCCGCAGCACCGGCAGCAUCAGAGGCAGCGCCGGCAGAGGCAAUGCCCCGAGCUGAACGCAAGCGACAGUUUGCCGCCCUUGGCCGGCAGUUGAAGACUCAAGGCUAUCUGAACCCCGGCUUGGUGGCUAAAUGGUUCGGCAUGCUCAAGGAAUGGUUGGUGAAUGAUGGCAAGCUCGGGGCCAUCCGUGUCGAAGAGUCGUACAAGCGCAUCACCGAGAAUGUCGAGUCCGACCAGUAUGUUACUAUGACAAUUCUGCAGCUAGAGAAGGAGUUUGGCGACUCUGAAGAUGCACGGGAGUUCAUCGAUGAACUCAUAAAAGGACAAAAAGGCACCCCUCAUCCUCAGGCUCCCCACGUGAAGAAGGCCCGUAUGUAUCGGGUGCUUCGGUUCUUGGUCGACGAACGCCGGCGAUCCAAUCGAACUGAGACGAGUUCCACCGUCGGAGGGCUUGUUACUGAUGAUGCUGCGAAGAAAAGCAUCGCUGAGAAGCUGACCGCUCCAUUGAAUGCUCUGGAGGGUACGGAAUGCAUCGAUCGAGAGACCGGAAAGAUCAAGCUACGCAAGAUCAAGAAAGAACCCAAGGAGAUGACUGCAGAAGAGAAGAUGGUUUCGGAUUACCGUGCACUCAUCAGAAAGUUCAAGGGCUUCGAUGAGAAGAUCACCGUCGAGGGCUGGUUCAAGAAGAAUUUGAGUGCUGAGGCGCUAAAGCCCCACUAUGACAACUACAUGGCACAGGCCACGACAGUCGAGGAUGAUCUUAAAGAAGAUGUCUAUGGGAUGGUGGAGGAAUUCUUGGAGCUGUCACGAAGGCUGUCUGUGCAAACGAUCAGAGAUUUUGUGGCAGCGGUUCACAAACGCAUUCCUGAUCUGUUUCUCGAGCUGCUUAUCUGUACCGUGGACCACAAGCUAGCCGAACAUUUCUUCUUGGGCAAGCAUGCGAUCUUCCUCAUUCCAGAUUGGCUCAAGAGUUUGUACGAUUAUGAUCUGAAUAUUUUUCAAUCGGUCCUGCUGGGGAGCAAUGCAGACGAGAACCUUGAAAAAUAUUGGGCCAAGAAUCGUACCACAACGUGGUUCCAAAAUCACCCGAUGCUAUCCAAGAUGAGCGACACAGAACUAAUGUGGACGGUGCCACUCGAAAUUCACGGCGACGAUGCCGAGAUGCACAAAAGAAGGUCUUUUUCGAUUAGUACUGUAUCAAGUGCCCUCACAGGCGGAUCAACGUGGGAUCAUAAGCUGUUGCUGAGCUGCUUCGACAACAACAGUGCUGGAGAAUCAACUGCGGGUGAAAUCGAUUGCUGGAUUUGCUGGGGAUUGGCUUGCGCCGCUGCGGGGAGAUAUCUUGAUCAUGAUUGGCAUGGUCGCAAAUUUGAUGCCGACUAUAUGCCCAAGUUGGCACAAAGAGCUGGAGAAACUAUUGCAGGGAACUUUCGUUUUAUCUUCGCAGGGCACAAAGGAGACCAAGUUUAUCUUCAUAAAUGUUACAAGUUCGAGAAUUACUGGACUUCCCAAGAGGUUUGCCGCUCUUGUGCUGCUACGAAAGAUGGCAGUUCUCCGAUGGGCUAUGUGCAUUUCGGGCCUUCUGCCCAGCACCGAUCGACGCUUUACAGCACAGAGGUUUUCAUCCGCGAGAAGUGUGGUGCCAACCCUUGGGUGCAAAUCCCCGGUUUCGCUGUGGAACGAAUUUGGGAGGAUUAUUUACAUGUUGUAGAUUUGGCAUUGGCACCGGAUGCCUGUGCAUCGGCACUACUAGAGCUGACGGCCAAAGCUACAGAUAGCCCCUGGGCGGGUGCAAGCCAAGAAGUUCGAUUGGCAGCUGCCUAUACGGAUUUCGCAUCGGCUUGCAAACGUGAGAGGAUCAGAAUCCAUCAUUAUGGUCAAGUGGCUGAGAUACGUGACGACGGAGCUGGUGACCCGCCGGGCUCCUGA